AUGUCCGACUCAUUUGCCGAUCUCUGGAGCUCCUCUGCACCAGCCAAGCCAACGCCGCAGAAGCUAGGCACACCCUUCUCCCAGACGAACAGCACCGCGCCCCGCAGACCCGCAAACGACGUCUUCUCUCUUCUCGCCGCGCCUUCCCAACAGCCUUCGCGCACCCAAACGCCCAAGUCGCCACCGGCCAUCGCCAAGUCUGCCAGUCAGACGACCACGCGAUCCAAUGCGCCAGGAGGCGCGGACGCGUUCAGCAGCCUGCUCUCGGGCUCGAUUGGUACCGGCUUCGGAGGCGGGGGCGCGACCAUGACUAUCGCCGAGCGCGCGGCAAUGGCGACGAGGCAGAGACAGCAGGAGGCGCAGAAGCAGCAGCAGGCCGCGCAGACCCAGGCUGCAGCAUGGGCUGGCCUCGAUUCCCUUGGUUCGUCUUCUCCAAGCCUGUCUCUUGCACCGUCCAAGCCUGCUAGCGCGUCGCCACCUGUUGACGAAUGGGACUUUGCUGGGCUGGGGGCGGUCACAGCGGCCAAGCCGUCUCCGAUACCCGCGGCGCCUCCUAAGGCGUCGACUCUGGAUGACGACGACUGGGGCCUUGCCGACUUCUCCUCCGCUAAGCCGACGGCCUCGGGCUCGGCAAACGGACAGUCCAACGGCAGAGGCGGGAACGCGAAGUCAUCUCAGUCGAUAUGGGACAUGGACGAAUUCGCCUCUGCGCCUGCCGCGCGCUCCAGGUCGGACUCGCUAGGAGAUUUUGAUUUUGGAAACCGUGAGGAUAGGCUGAUGGCGGGUGACGAAUCGGAUGAGGAUGAUAUCUUAGGGGAGCUAAGCAAGCCAACGGACUCAGUGGCAGCGAGGUCGUCUCCCCAGGUAAGCUCAUUGCCUCCCGCUUUGAAUGCUAAAGUGACAAAGGAGCGGGUACAGAAUGGAUCUAACGGGCCAAAAUCAGCUAACGGUUCACGCGCGGUCUCUCCCCCUCCGCAUAUCAUUGGUCAGAUCGUCGAGAUGGGCUUCUCGCCGCAGCAGGCCCGGGUCGCUCUCGCUGCCACAGAAACAGGACUCGACGUCCAAGCUGCGCUCGAGACGCUCCUCUCCAACGGUGCCGGCGGGCACGAAUCAUCCCGUCGCGAGCCCUCUCCCCGUCAGCCUGAGCGGCGCAGACCGACUGAACAACGCUCCCGGGGCGAACCGGGGUCCUCGCGGGACCCUCGGCCGCGACGCGACGCACCGCGCGAACAGCGGCGCGGGCAGGAGCAACAGGAGCAGCCGCGCGAUACGUCGUCGCCGUCUGCGCAGCAGGACCUCAACGCGCAGGCUGAAAAGAUACUGGCGCAGGCGAGCGACUUCGGGAUGAACGUGUUUAACCGCGCGAACGCGUUCUGGAAAGAGAGCAGGGAGAAGGCGCAGAAGUUGUACGAGGAGCGUCAGGUUGCCGGUGCUAAAGCUGCGCCGCCAAAGGAUGGGCGACCGCGCUGGAUGCAGGAGGUGCAGGAUGGUGAGGGCGAAGGAAGGGAACGGGAGCGUAGAAAGCCUGCACCGAGGGAACAGGGCCGAGAUGCAGCAGGGUUCAAGGAUGGCGAUGAGGUGUUACCGCCUAAACCUUCCAGACGCAAGCAGCUCGAACCCGAGCAGCAGCAGCCAUCAUCUCAACCGCCCCAUAACGUCGACCUCCUUUCGUCAGAAUCCCCAGCUGCUUAUGUGUCACCGUGGCGACGCGGUCGCCCCAAGCAAUCCGCCGAGCCCACCCCAUCGUCCUCGUCCAGCGCCCGCCCCACUCGUGCCCCAUCGCCCAUCCGCCUCACGACACGCCAAACCGUCUCUGCGUCCCAGUCCGCCAUCGCCUCGUCAGCGAAACACAAAGCGGCGGGAACGGAAAAGUACAAGCUCGGCCAGUACGCCGACGCCGAGUCCGCGUACUCGCUCGCCAUCGACGCUCUGCCCGCCACGCAUCUCCUACUCGUUCCCUUGCUCAACAACCGCGCGAUCGCGCGGAUCAAGACCGGCGACUCCUCUGGAGCAAUCGACGACUGCACGACGACGAUCGGCAUCAUCGGCGCUUCUUAUAGCCCGGUGCAUGAGGCAAAAGUCGAGCGCGUGGAGGACGGCGCGGGCGUCGAUAUCGGCGAUGGACUCGUCAAGGCUCUGAAGCGCCGUGCGGAGGCUUACGAGGCGCGCGAGAAGUGGGAUCUCGCGCAGAAGGACUGGGAAACCGUCGCCGGCUUCGGCUGGGGGUCGUCCACCACGCGCAAUGAGGGCGUUCGCGGCGCAGGACGCUGUCGGAAGACGCUCGCUGCUUCUUCCGCUGGCGGCGGCGGCGACGCCUCAUCUUCCUCUGUACCGCAACCACCCAAACCGAAGCCGCGCCUGGUACCCGCAGCGCGCCGACCCCCAGCCCAGGCGCCGAAGGUCGCACCGUCGAACUCGGCGCUUAACAAGCUACGCGAGGCAAACAACGCCGCCGAAGCCGAGGACGAGCAGCGGCACCAGCUCAAAGACUCGGUCGACGCGCGCCUGCUCGCAUGGAAGGGCGGCAAGGAGACGAACAUCCGCGCGCUGAUGGGCAGCCUAGACACUGUACUCUGGCCCGAGCUGGGCAUGCCCAAGGUCGGCAUGGCGGAGCUGGUCACGCCCGCGCAGGUCAAGAUCCGGUAUAUGAAGGCGAUCGCGCGGUUGCAUCCAGACAAGCUAAACGCCAGCAAUACGACGGUGGAGCAGCGCAUGAUUGCUAAUGGCGUGUUUGGGGCACUGAACGAGGCGUGGAACGCGUUCCAAUGA